GCUAGUGUCGGCCGGGACUGUCGCGCCGUGUGCACUGCGGAAUUGAGCAGCAGCCCCCCAAAGGCCAGGCGUCAUCAUCCAACCUCCAUCGGCGGCCCAGCAAAGGCGAUGCGGCACAAAAGGCUCGGGCAUGGGAUGGGAUGACAAGCGACGAGGCGUAUUAAAGCUGUCCAACCUAGCUUUCUUUGCUAGGUCCCCCGAGAUGGCGGCCAUGUUUAUUCUCUCUUUCUCUGGUCAUUUCACCAUUGGUUUCCCCUCUGGAUUGUAUCCGACUGCUUCCCCCUAAUAGCGUGCGACUCGAAGCAUCACUAGCAGUGCCGCCACUAGCAGAACCGGGCAGACGGCCGAGUAACUGAACGGGAGAGGGAUAAAAAAGAGAGAGAGGGUUGGCGAAACAAAUUGACCAAGGAUGCCUGCCACCGACUUCGAGUUCAAGGAGAAAUACCAAUACCAGAAUGGCUUCGACUGCUACUUCGAAUCAGAAGCCGUCGCCGGCGCGCUGCCCGUAGCCCAGAACUCGCCCCAGAAGCCGCCGCUGGGCCUGUACGCCGAAAAGCUUUCGGGGACCGCGUUCACGGCGCCGCGGCACGAGAACAAACAGACAUGGCUCUACCGAAUCCUGCCGGCGUGCGCGCACCCGCCCUUUGCGCCCGUCAGCUCGCCCAGCAGCACCGACAAGACGCUGCACUACAUCCCGAACCAGCUGCGGUGGGACCCCUUUGACCACAGCCCCACGGCCGACUUCGUCUCGGGGCUGCGCCUCAUCGCCGGCGCCGGCGAUCCCGCGCUCAAGCAGGGACUGGGCAUGUACGUAUUCGCCGCCGGCGCGUCCAUGAACCCGCGCUCCGCCUUCUACUCAGCCGACGGCGACCUGCUGCUCGUGGCCCAGGACGGCGUGCUCGACAUCCGUACCGAGCUCGGCUGGCUGCUGGUGCGCCCCCUCGAGAUCUGCGUCAUCCCCCGCGGCGUGCGCUUCCAGGUCCGCCUACCCGCCGGCCCCGCCCGCGGCUACGCUCUCGAGCUCUACCAGGGCCACUUUGCCCUGCCCGAGCUCGGCCCCAUCGGGUCCAACGGGCUGGCCAACGCCCGCGACUUCCAGACGCCCGUGGCGAGCUUCGACGAGGACUUUCCAGGGCAAGACGGCCACGGCGCCGACGAGGCUAGCGGGAACGGAGAAAGUAAUAGCAGCAACGCAAGCAGCGGGACUGCAACAAACGGCAGCCACGGCGCGGCCUACACCAUCACGGCCAAGUUCAACAACAGCCUGUUCGCGACGACGCAGCAGCACACGCCAUUCGACGUAGUGGCGUGGCACGGCAACUACGCGCCGUACAAGUACGAUCUGGGGCGCUUCAACACCAUCGGCAGCGUGUCGUUCGACCACCCGGACCCGUCCAUCUUCACGGUGCUGUCGGCGGCAUCAGACCGUCCCGGGACGGCGGUCGCCGACUUAGUGGUCUUCCCGCCGCGGUGGCUCGUGGGCGAGGACACGUUCCGGCCGCCGUGGUACCACCGCAACACCAUGAGUGAGUUCAUGGGCCUCAUCACGGGCGCCUACGACGCCAAGCGUGCUGGUGCUGGCGGCUUCGUGCCCGGCGGCGCCAGCCUGCACAAUGUCAUGAGCGGCCACGGCCCCGACGUCGCUAGUUACGAGGCCGCCCGCAAUGCUGAGCUGGCGCCCCAAAAGGUCGGCGCCGGCAGCUGCGCCUUCAUGUUCGAGAGCUGCCUCAUGGUUGGGGUCACGUACUGGGGCCUCGAGACGUGCCACAAGGUCCAGCCAGAGUAUAAUGCUCACAGCUGGCAGGGGCUCAAGGUCCACUGGAAGCGGCCGCAACCUGCUGCGGUCCCUGCACCUGAUGCGCCUGCCAGUGGCGAUGGUAAUAUUUAGUUGGUGAGUUGCUAUGCAGGUCAACAACUACUUGGUUGUCGUAGAGCCUGGUUUGGCCUAGGUAGGUGCGUUGGGUAGGUAGACAGCCUAGGUACUCCGUAGGUAGGUAAUGAUAACGAAGAUUUAGGUUUCUGGCGGGCGCGCAUAUAACUCUUUCGGAGUAGUAUGCCUACUCUGAAGUCAACAAAUAGAGGAAGAUUAGCUAGUUAGUUAAUUGUUUCGCUAAUUCUAUCCUCUGGUCUCUUCAACAGCAAAAGGAAAUAUAACAGCGAAAUGCAAAAACAGUAGGAAAUAUAUCCAGAAAUACAAGGAGAGAACACCGUCAACAGUAAGAAACAACUCAAACA